CGGAUUUCCUCGCGUUUUGUCUCUAUUCUUGCUCGAGCAACUGACAAACCUCUGCCUUAUGCUUCGUUUGCUCUCAUCCUUGUGCCGCCCAGUGUCUUGCGGGUGAACAAGUUCCCUGCUUCUGCAUAUCAUUCCAAUCAUUUUCUAGCCUCUUCCAUCGUUGAUUAUCGGCCGAGGAAUUCGCCGCCUCUCCGCUUGCUCAGUCGGGACUCUUCAAGCGGCCUUCCACUUCCUGUCCCGUUGGUAUUCAACCACCUAGCCCUCCUUCUUUCAUUGUUUGUUCGAAAUGGGCAAUUCGCAGACGAAAGAAAGUAGAUCGUCUCUUGCUACGCCAGGCCGCAGAAGCCAUCAUCUUGGCCCGUAUGGCGACCGCCAACACGCGGAGGGUUCUAGAUCGACUCGAGGCAGCAGACCUGAUCUGUCCAUCCUUGGGAUUAACACACAUCCUGAACGAGAUGUGGCCUCUCUCGAGCAUCGGCGAGAAACGAGACAGGAGCGUGAAGCUCGCCGGCUCGAGAAGGAACGGAUAGUCCGGAUCAAAGAACGAGAGCGUAGUAUGAAAGAAGAGCAUGUUGAUGGUGGCUACUUGGUAACACAAGGCGUAUAUACUGGGACAGAAGACUUCAACAAGGGUGUGGUGCGACAAUUAAUGAUGGAACGGCGACUUGCACCUUUCUGGAGAGGUCUAAACGACUUUUCAGACUCAUGGACAGAACAUCAGCUCAUGGCAGCAGCACGAGGCCUGCCAAUUCCUCCUCCGGACGAAAUCCCUCCGGAGCUGGAGUAUAAGAACCCGCCGAAGUCUGGGGAAGAUGCCCGGGAGGCGUCGGAUACAGCUCCAGUCCAACAUUUGAUGGUUCCUAUCACCUCCAGAUCUCAAUCGUGCGGCUCCGAUGUCUCUCAGUCAUCCACACCUGCGCACUCGCUUCCCUCGCCAACAUCACCUAUUGCUUCCGGCACUUCCAGCUCACCUAUGUUUCGGUCUCGCGCAAAGACGCUGGCAUCUCUCUCCACGUCUAAGCAUGGCAUCCAGUCCGACACAACGUCUCGAGAAAUCCAGCUCCCGCACGAUCCAUUCGUCAAUGGACAGCCAAUUGAAGCAUAUCUGUACAAAGCCGCUGCCGAAUGCCCUAUUUGCUUCCUGUAUUAUCCGCCUUAUCUCAACCGGACAAGAUGUUGCGACCAGCCGAUUUGUUCCGAGUGCUUUGUCCAGAUCAAACGACCUGACCCGCACCCCCCAGAACAUGGAGGGCCAGAUCCAACUGUUCAGUCGGCGGCUGAUGGCGAACGUUCAGAAAUUGAGGAUGGCCAGUUAGUAUCCGAGCCGGCGGCGUGUCCGUUUUGCGUUCAGCCUGAAUUUGGAGUCACCUAUUCACCACCGCCAUUUCGCCGAGGAUUGGCUUACGCAAGUGAUAUUGGCGCCCGACCAAAUUUCACCUCCCCGCUAUCUUCUAGCUCAUCCCUUUCUUCUAGCGCUGCCCCCGCGACAGGUCGUCGUCGCGCGACGUCAUUAUCUGCUAAUGACCCAACGGUGAUUACAACAGAUAGGGUUCGGCCUGAUUGGGCACAAAAGCUAGCAAACGCCCGGGCGCAUGCCGCGCGACGAUCUGCAGCAGCAACUGCGCUCCACACUGCAGCAUAUCUCAUGCACAACAACGGCUCUGGUAGCGACUCUCGAAAUUUUGGCCUUGGAAGAAGGAGCGUCAUGCGACGGAAUGGAGGACCGGAUCAUCAGAGCGCAUCCUCGCGAACCGGCUCCCCUGCGCUCCAGGCCCUUGCAUUUCUGACAGACCGUCGUGCCGUGGGUCAAGAAAGUUAUCCCGCAGAAGAGGGUUCGAAUAACCUGGCCCCACCACGCAGCCGAUCAAGAAGGAAUCGUAUCGAUGACUUGGAGGAAAUGAUGAUGAUGGAAGCCAUUCGGCUGAGUUUGGCCAGUGAAGAGGAGCGGCGCAAGAGGGAGGAGAAGGAAGCGAAAAAGGAAGCCAAGCGAAAAGAGAAAGAAGCCAAGAAGGCGGAGAAAGUUGCGCGCAAGACAGGCCUGUCCAGUAACAAUGCCAGCAAUUCAGCCCUGGAUAUACCUGGCGAUUUCACACUCGGUAGAGUCAUUAGCACCUCUUCCUCGGUCACUGGUGAAGAAGUUCCCUCCACCGGCAAGGGUAAGGAGGUAGACCGUGCGUCACCUUUAGGACAGCUAGGUAGUAUUCCUACCGAUGUUGAUUCUAGCCUUGAAGGCGCGCAGCCUUCGCCAGCUGUCCCUACGACGCCGGUCGACCACGCCCUACCGUUGCCAUCCUCGUCGCUCGCGCGACCAUCGCACUUACGCCAUGUAUCUAGCGCAUCUUCAUCGUUUUCAUCUCUCGUGGAAUCGAUGAAUGAUGGCCAUACUGGACUCCAUACGUCUGCCGAUGGUGCAAGCUCCUCCGCCGAGCCGCUGUUUAACUUCCGGAGUCUGGCCGCUGUGAUUGGGGAUGAAGAUAAAGGCAAUGGAGGAACGGAACACGUGGAAGAUACACCACCGAAGCCCGAUGCGUCGAGGGCGGCAUCUGAACCCCAGUCAGCUGCCGCCAAUGAUGAACUAGUGGCCGAGCCGGCGUCUGCUUUGGAUGUGCAUUGCAACGAAGAGUUGACCCCGAAAGAGCUAAAACCUCGGUCGGUUGAGUUGACAGGCGCUACAAGAAAUACAGAGACCACUUCUUAGCUCUUAAGUCUCGCCUUGGGAUGCUCUUCUGUUUAUUCAGCUGGCUCUCGACAUUGCCCCGGAUUUGCGCUCAUUUCCGUGUUGGAGAUGAUGUACAAGGUGCACAAUGCGACCAGCUUCCUAUAAGCGCAAGUCGAUUCUGGGACACUCUCUAUGUUUUGCUAUUGCUGCACUUGAUAUAUCACUGCCUCUGGGUAUGUGCAUAAU